CGGGAAACCGCCGCGAAUGCUUGCUCACGUUGAUAUCAAAUAAGAAAAAUAAUCUUUAAUCGAUUUAAAAAAAAAAAAAAGAUUUAUAAAAAGAUUUAAAAUGGAACGAUCUUCCUUGGAAAAUCAAAGUAAUCCGAGUGAAGAAAAUGUUCUGUCAAUUCUUGUUGCUACUGAUACACAUAUUGGGUAUGCUGAACGCGAUCCGCUCAGACAGAAUGAUUCUUUUGAUACUUUUGAGGAAAUUCUUCAAAUCGCUCAACAGUAUCAGGUUGAUAUGAUUUUGCUUGGUGGUGAUUUAUUUCAUGACAAUAAGCCAUCUAGAAGAGCAAUUCAUGAUACAAUAUACUUGAUGCGAAAGUAUUGUUUAGGAGAAAGAGAGUGUCAACUUGAUUUGGUUAGUGAUCCGUUGGUGAACUUUGGUCAUUGUCAAUUUAAGCAUGCAAAUUACCACGAUCCUAAUUUAAAUGUUGCCUACCCAAUAUUUUCAAUUCAUGGAAACCAUGAUGAUCCUACAGGGGAACACCAUUUGAGUGCUAUUGACAUCUUGAGCACAUCAGGACUUUUAAAUCACUUUGGAAAGUCAAAAAACUGUGAUGAUAUUGAAAUUAGUCCUGUUUUACUAAAGAAAGGCACAACAAAACUAGCUUUAUUUGGUCUGGGUGCUAUGCGAGAUGAGAGAUUGCAUCGCACAUUUAUUCAAAAAAAGGUCAAGAUGUUGCGACCAUUAGAAGAUGAAAACUCCUGGUUUAAUAUGUUUGUUAUUCACCAAAACAGAUCAAAACAUGGUGAAAAAAAUCAUAUACCUGAAAACUUCCUUGAUGAUUUUCUUGAUUUGGUUAUUUGGGGCCAUGAGCAUGAAUGUUUAAUAGAACCAACAUGGUCUUCAUCUGCAAAAAACUUUUAUGUUUCACAGCCUGGAUCUAGUGUUGCAACCUCAUUAUCAGAAGGAGAGUCAAAACAAAAAUAUGUCGGAGUUUUGCAAAUUUAUAAUAAAUCAUUCAAAAUGGAAAAAGUACCAUUAAAAACAGUGCGGCAGUUUUUAAUGGAUGAUAUUGUUCUCGGGGAAACAUCAAUUAAACCUCAUGAAGAUGAACAAGUACUCAGCUACCUUGCAGACACAGUUGAAUCAAUGAUAAAAGAAGCAGAAGAAACACACACAAAACAUCCCAAACAACCAACACUGCCUCUCAUCAGAAUCAAGGUAGAAUAUAGUGGUGGUUAUAAUAUUAUAAAUCCUCAUCGAUUCGGUCAACAAUUUGUCGGAAAAGUUGCAAACAACAAAGAUAUUUUACUUUUUUACAGGAAAAAAAAUAAUCUAAAUAAAGAGCGCAAUGAAAAGAAUUCAAAACCUGAUGUUGACAUAAAUUUUUCUCAGGCAAGCUCAAUUAAGAUGGAAGAUCUGAUCAAUGAAUAUUUGAAUGCCGUUGAUGAGAAACUUCAAUUGGAUAUUUUAUCUGAACGAAAGCUUUCAAAAGCAUUAAAUGAAUUCAUUCUGAAAGAUGAAAAGAGUGCCAUAGAAUUGUUGGUUAAAGAUCAGUUGAAUAAAGCUCAAAAAAAAUUGGUUAGCAGGAAUAUUAAAGAAGAAAGUAUACUUUUUGAAAUAUCUCGUUUAAAAGUUGAUGAUAAAGUUGUUGAUGAGAAAACAGAAGAUGAUGAAAUUAAUGAGUUAUUAGCUCGUUCUCGUAAUCAAGUACCAAAUAACAAUGAUAAUGUUGAAGAUUCAUUUGAGAGUGAUGAUGACGGAAAUUUAUUACCAAAUGAACCUGAAGUUAGACCACUCAGAGGGCGUGGUAGUAGGGGUGGACGAGGAAGUCGUGCCUCCAAAAGCAGAGUAAGUACUCAAGGUAAAUCGCGUGGUCGUGGUGUAAGUUCACAGGUGCAGUUGACAAUGCAAGAAUCUUUUACCUCUACUGCUCGGCGAUCCAAUAAUAACAAUAGCACGAACUUUACAGGAGAUUACAGUGAUGUGAUGGGUUCAUUAAAAAGUUUCGAUAAAGGCAAAUCUUCAUGUGUUACUGCUGAAACCAUUUCUAGUGACGAGGACAGUGAUCCUUUCAGUGUGCAACCAAGUAAAAGAAAACGACAUUGAUAAACAUUUUUAACUUGAUAAAAUAAGUGGCGCGGUAAGAUUUUGAACCUUCUGGAUCACGAAUAUCUCAUCAAACCUUUUGAUGUAGUUUGGCUCGAAUCUUUAGUGUCAGCCAGUAAAGCCAUGCACAAAAUCUUGAUUCGCAAUGAUUAUUUUUUUAAAUAAAACUUUUUUAUAUUUAACAGAUAUUAGUUUAGAAUAACAGAUUCUACUAGUAGUACCAUAAUACAUUUAUUGUGAAUUA